GCACGCCCGCGCGCGCCGCCUGAGGACGUCUUCGCCCCCGCCCCCACGAUGGGCGCCCCGGCUCGCGCCCUCGCGCUCUGCGUGGCGGUGGCGGUCGUGACCGGAGCCGCCUCGGGGCCCCCAGGCAUGGAGCAGCGCGUCGUGCGGAGAGCCGCAGAGACCCCGGGACCUGAGCCUGGCCAGCAGGAGCCACUGGUCUUUGGCAGCGGGGACACUGUGGAGCUGACCUGCCCCUCACCUAUAGACAGUCCCACAGGGCCCAGCAUCUGGGUCAAGGAUGGUGUGGGGCUGGUGCCCUCAGACCGCAUCCUGGUGGGGCCUCGGCGGCUGCAGGUACUCAAUGCCUCCCAUGAGGAUGCUGGGACCUACAGCUGCCGGCAGCGGCUCACCCAGCGCAUCCUGUGCCAUUUCAGCGUGCGUGUGACAGAUGCUCCAUCCUCUGGAGAUGACGAAGACGGGGAGGAUGAGGCUGAGGACACAGCAGGGGCUCCGUACUGGACACGGCCUGAGCGGAUGGACAAGAAGCUGCUGGCUGUGCCGGCCGCCAACACUGUGCGCUUCCGCUGCCCGGCCGCUGGCAACCCCACGCCGUCCAUCUCGUGGCUGAAGAACGGCAAGGAGUUCCGAGGCGAGCAUCGCAUUGGUGGCAUCAAGCUGCGACAUCAGCAGUGGAGCCUGGUCAUGGAGAGCGUGGUGCCCUCGGACCGUGGGAACUACACAUGCGUUGUGGAGAACAAGUUUGGCAGCAUCCGGCAGACGUACACUCUGGACGUGCUGGAGCGCUCCCCGCACCGGCCCAUCCUGCAGGCCGGGCUGCCGGCCAACCAGACGGCCGUGCUGGGCAGUGAUGUGGAGUUCCACUGCAAGGUGUACAGCGACGCCCAGCCCCACAUCCAGUGGCUCAAGCAUGUGGAGGUGAACGGCAGCAAAGUGGGGCCCGACGGUACGCCCUACGUCACUGUGCUCAAGUCCUGGAUCAGUGAGAGUGUGGAGGCCGACGCACGCCUCCGCCUGGCCAAUGUGUCCGAGCGUGACGGGGGCGAGUACCUCUGUCGAGCCUCCAAUUUCAUAGGCGUGGCUGAGAAGGCCUUUUGGCUGCGUGUUCACGGGCCCCAAGCAGCCGAGGAGGAGCUGGUGGAGGCUGGUGAGGCUGGCAGCGUGUACGCAGGUGUCCUCAGCUACGGGGUGGGCUUCCUCCUCUUCAUCCUGGUGGUGGCAGCUGUGACACUGUGCCGUCUGCGCACUCCCCCGAAGAAGGGCCUGGGCUCGCCUACCGUGCACAAGGUCUCCCGCUUUCCACUCAAGCGACAGGUAACAGUGUCCUUGGAGUCCAACUCGUCCAUGAACUCUAACACGCCACUGGUGCGUAUCGCCCGGCUGUCUUCUGGGGAGGGCCCUGCACUGGCCAACGUCUCUGAGCUGGAGCUGCCUGCUGACCCCAAGUGGGAGCUGUCCAGGGCCCGGCUGACCCUAGGCAAGCCUCUUGGGGAAGGCUGCUUUGGCCAGGUGGUCAUGGCAGAGGCCAUCGGUAUUGACAAGGACCGGGCUGCCAAGCCUGUCACUGUGGCUGUGAAGAUGCUAAAAGAUGAUGCCACGGACAAGGACCUCUCAGACCUGGUGUCUGAGAUGGAGAUGAUGAAGAUGAUCGGCAGGCACAAGAACAUCAUCAAUCUUCUGGGAGCCUGCACCCAGGGUGGACCCCUGUACGUGCUGGUGGAGUAUGCAGCCAAGGGCAACCUGCGGGAAUACCUGCGGGCAAGGAGGCCCCCGGGCAUGGACUACUCCUUCGACACCUGCAAGCUGCCUGAGGAGCAGCUCACCUGCAAGGACCUGGUGUCCUGUGCCUAUCAGGUGGCACGGGGCAUGGAGUACCUGGCUUCCCAGAAGUGCAUCCACAGGGACCUGGCAGCCCGUAACGUGCUGGUGACCGAGGACAAUGUGAUGAAGAUUGCAGACUUCGGCCUGGCUCGGGACGUGCACAACCUCGACUAUUACAAGAAGACCACCAACGGCCGGCUGCCUGUGAAGUGGAUGGCACCCGAGGCCCUGUUUGACCGAGUCUACACCCACCAGAGUGAUGUCUGGUCCUUUGGGGUGCUGCUCUGGGAGAUCUUUACCCUGGGGGGCUCCCCAUACCCUGGCAUCCCAGUGGAGGAGCUCUUCAAGCUGCUGAAGGAGGGCCACCGCAUGGACAAGCCAGCCAACUGCACACACGACCUGUACAUGAUCAUGCGGGAGUGCUGGCAUGCCGUGCCUUCCCAGAGGCCCACGUUCAAGCAGCUAGUGGAGGAUCUGGACCGCAUCCUCACUGUGACGUCCACUGAUGAGUAUCUGGACCUGUCGGUGCCUUUUGAGCAGUACUCACCAGGCGGCCAGGACACUCCCAGCUCCAGCUCCUCGGGGGAUGAUUCCGUGUUUGCCCAUGACCUGCUGCCUCCAGCCCCACCCGGCGGUGGGGGUCCUCGGACGUGAAGGGCCACCGGCCUGCAGGCUGAGCCCCCGUCAAUGUGAGAGCAGACCUCAGCUCACUAUGCUGCUGGUGGUGUGCUGUCAACCACUGGGGCCUCCUGGCCCAGGCUUGAGCCCUGGGCCAGCCUGAUGGACAGACGACUUUCUGUCUGUGUGGGCACACAUGUGUGUGGGUGUGUCUCGAGGCCCCGGCGCUGGAAUCCCUGGAGCACCCGCCCUGCUGUACAAUGACCUCCUGGCCACCUGUGCUGGCUGGCAGCACCAGGGGGACCGAAUGUAGAAUGUAAAGGGGCUCCUCCCUGGGGCCCCUUCCCCCAGGCUCCCCCAUUCCCUCAGCUGCUGCCCCACAUGGAGCCUCCAGUGUGGACCCAGGCCCCUCCCAGUGCCUGAGCUGAGCCUGCAGGGAACCCCCACGUGGCACACGUCCCUCCCAAGCGGCAUCUUGUCCCCGGGGGUUGGGGUGAGCACCCCCACCCCAGCCUUCCCCACUUCCCACCCUGCUCCUUGGAGACUGAAUUACGGGUACCCGAAGGCAGGAGCCUUUAACUUCUGAGAGGUUCAUCCAGAGACGAGUGUACAUUUAUAUAAAUAGAAGCUGUGUAUAGGACACACACAUAUAUAUAUAAAUAUCUAUAUGGGAGAAGAGCUGGUGUCGCGGGCACGGGACCCCGGAGGGCCAGGGAGGCUUCCAGUGAGACUCAGUGCGGAGACGACACAAGAACCAGCAGAGGAUGGAGGGCUUUUCUAGCACUGCGGUUUUGUUUUAAAAAUUGUACCUGGACCUGUAUAUUUGUAAAGCUAUUUAUCAACCCCCAGACCCCCUAUCCCUGUCCCCCCGCCAUGUUUAGCCCACCGCAUGCAGAGAAGUUUCAGUUUUAACUUAUUAACAGCUGAGAAAGUCCAAGCUUCUGUUGGCAGGGUGGCCCCAUUGGAGGGGCAGGUGCUGGGUGCGGCCAGCGUCACCCCAGACUUGAGCUUGGUCUCCAGUGCCCGCCAGGGUCCUGAAUAGUUUGAGGUGAUUCUAGCGAGGAUAUUCUAUUUCCUUUGGCCUCCUUUUGCAGGGGAAUUAGAUUUCUAUAGGGUUUUUCUUUAGGAGAUUUAUUUUUUUGGACUUCAAAGCAAGCCGGUAUUUUCAUACAAGUUCUAAUUGCCGUGUGUUCCGGGUGGGGAGGCCAUUUCCAGUGGGGGCCAGCCCUGUGCACCGGUUCAGAUGUUAUUAGAUGUUACAAGUUUAUAUAUAUCUAUAUAUAUAAUUUAUUGAGUUUUUACAAGAUGUAUUUGCUGUAGAUUUAACACUUCUUACGCAAUGCUUCUAGACUUUUAUAGCCCGGACUGCUACCUUUCAAAGCUUGGGAGAGAAAGCCGUGAAUUCAGUCCUGUUCUUUUUUGUACUAUUACUGACCCAAAUUUGGAUGGCUAUUUUUUGCUCAUCAGCUGGCCAGCUGGGCAGUGGUUCAGGGUGGUCUUUGUUCUCAGGGCCCCCCGCCUUAUGGGGGCCAAAGGUGUCGACCCAAACUGGUAGCCGUACCUUCCAAAAAAUAAACAGAGACAACUGGCUCACA